CUCCGCCAAAGGGGCGGAAAUAGGUGGCUAGUCAGGGUCAGGGCUUCAACAGGACGCUUUGACGUUUUAAUUUUCCUACCGGCAUCGUUUUGAGGCUGAGAUUUAAGUCGUUAAGUGCUGUGCUGGGACUUGGCUCGUUCUUCCUCAGCGGAACCGUGCUUACGGUCGCCUUUCUGACUGGCCCGAGGCAGCUCGUGUUUCGGGCUGUCUCAGGACCCGCGAGCCGAGGCUGAAGGGUUCCGAGGGAGAGCAUGUUCGGCCGCCUCCCUCCUUGCGCGUCCCGGGUGCGGGCGGGCGCCUUGUUCGGAGCUCUGGGGACCCGGACAUGCGGCUCCGGUGGGGCCGAGCGGCGGGGCUCGGUGCCCGCGAACCCUGGGGCCGGCCUGGCACGCGGGGAUCUGAGGGAGUGGACGCUGAGGGUGAGCCCGUUUGGGCGGCUGAGGGCGCGGCUCCCAUGCCACCUGUCCGUGAGGCCCCUGGAUCCCCUCGCGCACCCGGACGGCGACCGCGUGCUAGUGGCGGUGAGCGGCGUGGGGAGCGGGACGCGUGGCCUAGACAGCCUGCAGGUCAAGUAUGACGCUGCUCUGCAGGAGAUGGCCAUUCUGUCAGACGACAUUGAUCCCGAGGCGUCGGUGGAGGUGAACGCACCCGUCAAAUUUGAUUUAAAUAUCGAGUCAUCAGGGGCUGGCUCUGUGAGCGUGCAGAAUAUUGAGUGCGAUAGCUGUAAAAUUGACACUGAGCAGGGGACCAGCAUCUUGCAGUCUGUGAAGAGUCAAAAGUUACAUGUGAACACAAAAGGAGGUGAUGUGGUCUGUCUUGGAACAAUUUACGGAAAUAUAGACAUCCACGCGUCAGAUAAAAGUACUGUGACCAUAGAUAAACUUCAGGGAAGUUGUGUUAAUAUCUCUACGGAGGAUGGUUUGCUUCAAGCCAAGUAUCUGUAUACAGACUCUUCAUUUGUGUCUUCUGCCGCUGGAGACAUUGCAUUAGGAAAUAUUCAUGGAAAUAUCGUGUUAGAAAGCAAGAUGGGUAACAUUUCAGUGGAUUCGUCCUGUGGAUGUCUAAAAGCCUCCAGUGAUCAGGGUGCCAUCGAUGUGUACAUCAGUCAGCUAGGGGAAGUGGUGCUCACCUCGCAGGAAGGUUCCAUUGCUGUCAAGGCCCCAUCUUCUCUACGAGCUCAUUUAAAACUGUCGGGGAAAGAGGUGGUUGUGGACACAGAGGCUCAUGUUCAGGAGAUGGCCAAAGAUCGUAAAGGGGAUGGUAUGACAGUUACAGGACUCAUGAAUCAAGGAAGCAAGUGUGAGAGAUGGAUAAAUGCCAUUGCCCCCAAAGGCACUGUCCGCUUUCAACACCAGAGCUGGUUCCAGUCCCUGAAACUGCCAAACUGAGAGUGCUUUUGGGGUGUUUGCUGUUUGAAGUGGACAACAAGCCAAUGCCAGUGUCCCUAUAGCCGUGAGAAACAACAGCGCUGCAGCAUUACCAGAGAGGACCGGUGAAUGGUCUCAGGUAGCUUCUGCCAGAUGUGUACUUAAUUCUGCUGUCCACUCUCCAUUGUUCUGUCCCAAGAUACGCGCCUUAAGACCUCCAGUGACACCCAAACCACAGUGUACAGUACCAACCCUGGAUACUGCGGGCUUCUUUUACUUUUCAUAUAAACACAUGUGACAGCUGAAUGCCUUUUCUAUACGACUGAGCAGUUCUUUACUCUGGCCAAAGCCCUUACCAUUUUAGUUCCAAUAUCAAAACAUGGAUGUCUUUCUUUAUCUUCUUUACAAGUUCAUGUGUUCACCCUGACUGUAGGGCCUAGCAGCCUCAGCAGAUGGGAUUGGGGUAUUUUGUUUUUGUUUUGUUUUUGUCUUGCUUACUAAGUUUGAGAACUUUUACCAUUUUCCUAAAGUACUUGCUUUAGUGCCAUUUCUAAGAUAAGGACUUCUUGAACCCUGGUACUGCAUGGCUACUGCAACAGUUGGAUGGCCUCAGUAGUUACUGAGUGACUAACAGACUGUGCACACACAGCAUGCACAUGCUGGGCAAAGAAUGCCUUACAGCCCAAAUGCAACAGCCUAAGGUUUUCUCAUACUACUUCACAGGACACACAACUUAAAACUUACUGAAGAAAUAAAAAGCAGAACCUUGGAUGGGGCAAGUUCUACCACACAUUUAAUAACUUCAGAUAGCACAUUGCUCACCUGAUUGUAGUGGGUGAUGCUGCGGGCCUGCUCAUUGUAUCACGUGGCUGGAAUAAGUGUUGUCCAGGCUGAGGAUAUUCUCUGAGGGCUGUGUGGAGAAAUCUUCCAAGUUCAUUCAUGUAACAGGAAACAUCGAAUUUCUUAUACCUGGAUGAUAUCAUUCCAUUCUCAUCCUCUAAAGACAACCCUAUGUCCACCUCCUUCCUUGUACGGUCCCUCUGCAGGCAAAGCACAGAGUCGUCCUCUGACGCUCUGAAUGUCUGACUUGUAAGCUGUAAAAAUCUCUGUUGGCCAAGAUAUUUAACAUGUUUAUGAGAAUAUCCCAUUGUAUUCACAGCUCCUACUUGAGAUGGUCAUGAAAAGGUGGUGGUCAUUGGAGCCACCUUAGAAUUCUGGGUAUUGUAACCCCCACGUGACAGGUUUCCUCUCAGUGUGUCCCUCCUGUGGCACCCCUGUCUUCGGCUUGUGGUUAAACCCUUCUGUAGGUAGAGCACUUGCCACUGGUUUUAGUGCAGCUCCGUGGUUACAAUGGGAAGAAUCAUUACUCUGUGGGCUGUAGAGUGAAAAUGCAGUGCCCUUGGACAAAGGUGCUUUACAGACUCACUUCAUGGAGUCUGUUUCUUUAGAAAUGUCAACUGUAACGGGAAAAACUGUGCUGUAUUGAGCAGACCAGUUGGUUGGGUUGUGUAUUUUGAUUUAGAUAAAUCAAUGAUUAAACACUGAUAUUAAAUAAACUUUUCUAAAUGUUAUA